UAAAUGUUUCGUAUCCUCGCGGUAGAUGAUGGAAGAUGACUGAAGCAUCUAGCUAGCAUCUAGCUAGCGACAACAACAGUACAUCAUAUUAACUGACACUAAUGUGCCGGAACAAGCAACCACUGAAUAAUAAAGACAUUUGGGAGCUGUGAAGGGGACCCACCCACUAGGUUUCGCAUGCUUGCCACACAAGCUAAGCAGGACAGCUAACGUUAGCUAGUUGGGGACUUGCUAAUAACAAACGCUAGCAUGCACUGGAAGGAGUCACUUGGGGUGGAUGCGAGAUUGAAGCUGUCACUCUGAAUCAACGAAAAACAGACCAUCGCGAGAGGAAAUCCAUUUUCGCUGAGGUAACGGUGCCACCAUGUACUCGAGCCCCAACAACCACAUGAAAUCCAGCUGCAACAGCAGCAGCAUCACUGAGCUACUGGGGGCCCUGUGUGACUGCAGCCUGUCAGGGGUGUCCUGGAAGCGUCGUGCCCUGGGGGGAGUCUCAAGAGAAGGUUUCCGCAGAGCCCUCAAGAAGUGUGCCUACGGCUCGCUGCUGUCUAAGCUGUUUCAAGAUGACACCAAAGGGCCUCCCUCAGGAGCGAGUGCCACAGCUAACACACCGCCCAAAAACAAAGUCCUGAUGAUAUGCUUUGACUUGCGGGUGGCGGGGUGCCGAGAGGAGGCAGAGAGGUUGGAGGAGCAGCUGGGGAUGCUGCUGGAGGGAGCAUCCUCUGGCCUGAAGGAGAUAGACGCAGUCCUCGAGCUGUUGGUGCAUCUAGCCGGUUCGGCACCUCCACCCCCAACCUCUUUUAGCAGGGACUACAUGAGACGAGAGAGGCCCGUGCUGCGGAGGCCUCAACCCUGGAGCUACCAGAGCGAGGAGCUGCAGAGGCUGGAGGCCCGGGCGUGGGGUCUAGUGUGCGGGGAGGAAUGGGGGACUUUGGAGAGUUUGUGUGGAACUCAGAGGUUGAUGGGUGCCCCUCCAGGCACAGGGCUGCUGGCUCUGAGAACUAAAUUAGAAGCGGAAGAAAGAUUUGAGAGGGAGACCAGGAUGACGCUGUUCGGAGCACUGCAGCACACUCGCACCUCAGACAUCGACAUAAGACUGGGCCUGCCUCCUGUUCCCAGUAAUAUUGAUGUAACUGGGCUGGCUAUAAGGGUCCCCUCAUCUUUGGAUCAGUCUGACGAUGAGGGCUUCCAGUCCGCUUCCAACAUGACCCCAGACUCUCAGUCAGAGACCAGCCCCAUUCCAGAUGUUGAUAUAUGGGAGGCGCUCCGCACGUUUGAGCCUGGAAGACGCCGCUGCUGGGAGUCUGUUGGCUGCCCACCGGGGAAAAGAGAGUCACUCUAUCUGACAGAGGGAGGCAGGGAGGCCUUUGACCAGCUUUAUCGUCUGUGGGAGGGGGAGAUGAGGGUGGUCAGCACGGCUACACCCUCUCCUCUCCUCCCGCUGCCCCUGGACUCUCAGGCACAGCUGGUAUUUGACCUCCUCAACGUCUUGAUUGGAGUGGCGUCCACGACCUUCCCUCUCAACCAGAGUGUUCAGUUUGACGUGGGACCCGGCGUGUGCGUGUCAGGAGCCUCUCCGGAGAGCGUGUCUCGUCUCUUGGGGGAGCUGGCCCAGCACGGCACCCACUACUUGAGGCUCAGUCGCUUUGCUCUGCAGAGUGCCGACAAAAGAGGCCUCGUCUUUCAGGCUUUUACAGGUGGUCUGCGGAAGUAUCUGCAUUACUACAGGGCUUGUGUUCUCAGCACUCCUCCCACCCUCAGCCUGUUGACCAUUGGCUUCCUCUUCCGCAAAGUGGGCCGCCAACUAAGGUACCUGUCAGAGCUGUGCUGUGUUGAUGGGCCUUUAGGUGCAGGCCAGGCUACCUUCCCUGUGGGUGUUAAAAUGCUGUCCUACCUGUACAACGAAGCACAGAAUAACUGCAGCAACGAGAACUAUCCGGUCCUGCUAUCGCUGCUGAAGAGCAGCUGUGAACCGUAUACACGGUUUGUGUCUGACUGGGUGUAUAGCGGCGUGUUUCGGGACGUUUAUGGAGAAUUCAUGAUCCAGGUCAAUGAGGACUAUCUCUGCUUCAGAGACAAACACUUCUGGGUCCAAGGCUACACUCUGAUCUCAAAGGAUGUGGAGGAGUGUGUGCCCAUCUUCCUGAGACACAUCGGCAAUGACGUGUACGUCUGUGGGAAGACCAUCAACCUCCUCAAGAUCUGCUGCCCGCAGCACUACAUCUGCUGGUCGGAGCUGCCAGUGCCUCGCAUUGCCGUCACCUUCUCCCUCCGGGAGGUGGAGGAGAUCGAGAGGGACUGCGCUGUGUAUCGCGGACGCAUGGAGAGGAUUGCCAAGCACAGCGCCAUCAGCAGGGAGGAGCAAGCCCAGCGAGUGGAGCAGGCACGCCAGGAGCUGAUCAAUCAGUUCAGAGAGUCAGCGGCCAAAUCCCUGGAGAGCAUUCGCGGGCGCCAGGUGUCACUUCGUCUGGCUGACGAGGCCAAGAAGAGGGAGCGUUUUGAAGAAAUGAAACAGCACCUGGAGCAGGAACAAGAGUGUCGCAGCGUAGCCCAGAAGCGGCAGGAGGAGGAUGACUUUGGCUUUGCCAGAGAGCUGAGGGAUCGAGAAAAAAGACUACAAGCCCUGGAGCAGCAACUGGAGCAGAGAGCCAGGAAGGAGCUGAUAGAUCAGUACAGCCGUCUGUCAGAGGAGGCAGCUCGCAGAGAGAGACGGGCCCUGUGGCAGGUGCAGCGUAUGAGACUCGACGAAGCCAGGGCUCAGUUCUUCAUGCAUGACAGGGAGCAGACUCAGUCAAUGCUGAAGAAAUAUCCAUUAGGCCAGGAGAGACCUCCCAUGGAAGUGUCGCCACCUGUUCCCUCAGCUCAACAGACUGCACCACAACCGACACUGGAACCUCCCAGUCAGGAUCAGACUGAACAGCAGCCAGCGGAGACCCAAGAAUGUGAUGCUGUAUCACCACCACCUGACCCAUCUUCGCCCACCUUAACAGUUGACCCUGUUCUCAUCUGUGAGGACAUCAAGGAUUGUCUCCCCAAGUCACCGAAUCCUGCCAGUCAGCAGGUAGACGUCGCACUACAGGAGAUCGGCUCUGACCUACCUGAAGUGUGUCCUACAGCACAACUAGUAGACUACGACUUCAGUGCCCCCUUUAGUCCACUUGAGGGUAUCACCGGCCAAGCCUUGGUCCAGCCACGGCCUUGCUGGGGACCUGCAGUUCAGCCUGACUUGUUCCACAACCAUCCCUCUUUUUCCCACAUCCCCAUUGGAGAGAACAUGUCUCAAUCCCAGGAUGGUCUCUCCAAAGCCAACCCCUUCGGCCAAGCCUCCAAAUCCAGUUUCCCUCUGGGCCAAUUCACCCCAGAGGAGACCCGGGAUACAUUCAACGCAAGCAUUUAUGGACAUCCCUCUCAAGCCACAGUGCAGCUGGAGGAUGGGAGUGGCUCAAAGGCAAAAAACAAGCAGACGGAGGUUGCAUCUAUGCUAGAACCGAUAAUUGGGAAUUUAGAAAGUAUAGUAGAGGGAAAUGAAGACGAGAGUAAAUCUGUUGAGGCUACUAAAGAUGCUGAUGUUUUUGCACCAGAACGAAGUGGCAAGGAUAAUGGUCAUGACCACAGCUCAGAUGUUCAAGAUGAAGCUGGUGAUGAUAUUUCUUUGUCAAACAUUCAUGUCUCCAGUGAUCCCCUAACAGCUGGAGAGCUGGUUUCAGAUGCCGUUGCCCGUCAGCCUUCAUCCAGCCUCCAUGGACAUUCCUCUGAUGCUCACAUAAAUGUCCGACAGCUCGUAUCAGAGGGAACCGCUCCCCUUCCAUCCCCUAACGUCCACGGCCACGCAUCGGAUUCACACAUCAAGAUUGGAGAACAUAUGUCGGAAGUCGAUGCGCCUCUACCUUCCGUCAGUGUUCACGGCCACUCUUCUGAUGCUCACAUUAAAGUCGGGCAAAAUGUCGCAGAGUUCGUCGCUCCUCGUCUUUCUCAAAAUGUCCACGGCCAUGCCUCAGACGCCCACAUCAAAGUCGGUGAGCACGUUUCAGAAGUAGUAGCCUUUCUGCACUCCGCUAAUGUUCAUGGUCACAGUUCAGACGCCCACAUUAAAGUCGGAGAAAACAUCUCAGAUGCUGUUGCCCCUCUGCCCACAGCCAAUGUUCACGGUCACAGUUCAGACGCCCACAUUAAGGUUGGAGAAAACAUCUCGGAUGCUGUUGCAACACUUCCUUCUCCCAGCGUCCACGGUCACUCCUCUGAUGCUAAUAUUAAAGUGGGCGGGUUUGUGUCUAACAUACCUGAAGAAAGACCUCGUUACAGUAAACACGGGCACUCCUCAGACUCCGGGUUGGUUCCUGGAUGUGUAGUUUCAGGAGAUGAACACAAACUGUCUCCUCUACCCGGCAGUGCCCACGGUCAUUCUUCGGACUCAAAUUUAGGCACCGGAUGUCUUGUGACCAAAACGGAACCACUUUCAUCACCGCUACCCGGCAGCGUCUACGGUCACUCCUCUGAUUCGGCGUUAGGGGGGGGUUGUGUGGUGUUUGGGACAGACACACAACCUGCUGCACUACCUGGCAGCACUUAUGGUCACUCAUCAGAUUCUUCACUUGCGGUUGGCUGCGUGGUCAAGGCAGAAGACAAUGAAGAUGUUAAAGGCUCUAAGUCGGGCAGCCCUGGUGAGCAGCGGGUGGAGCUCAUGGGGUCCUGGGCAGCCGGCUGCGGUUUGUCUCCUGGAGCAAAGUCUGAGCAGGAAUACCUCCUGGCUUUGUGUGCUCAGUACGAGGUGGAACAGUACGAGGACUGCUACAACCUAAUGGCUUCGUCCCCCGAGUGUCAGCUGCUGAAGCAGGUGACUGGGGGCCCCUGGGGACUCCCUGUGGACCCCACGCUCCGCAGGGCCACGGAUACCACUGCCGUCCAACUCAGCGAGAUGGUUUCCCUGCCAGUUCUGAUAAAACAGGCCGUCACCACCCCGCUCAUCACACAUGUCUCUUUGGUGAACAAGGCAGUGGUGGACUACUUCUUUGUGGAGUUGGGGGUGGAGAGACACUUUGAGGCGCUACGCCACUUCCUGCUGAUGGAGGACGGCGAGUUCGCACAGUCCCUCAGCGACCUGCUCUUUGAAAAGCUGGGCAUUGGCCAGACCCCCGGCGAGCUGCUGACCCCCCUGGUCCUGAACUCCAUCCUCAGUAAGGCCCUGCAGUACAGCCUACACGGGGACACUCCGUUAGCCGGUAACUUCACCUUCGCCCUGCGCUUCCUCCCAGAGACCUUCCACCCGCACGCCCCCGACUCCCUCAACUGUCUGGAGCUGCGCUACAAGGUGGACUGGCCGCUGAACAUCAUCAUCACGGACAGCUGCAUGAACAAGUACAACCGUCUGUUCUCGUUCCUGCUGCAGCUCAAACACAUGGUGUGGAGCCUUCGGGAAGUCUGGUUCCACCUCAAGAGAACAGCGCUGGUGAAGGGAGCGGGUCGCUCGGUGCAGUUUCAUCAGCUGCAGCUGUACCGACAUGAGAUGCAGCAUUUUGUCAAGGUGAUGCAGGGAUACAUCGCCAACCAGAUCCUGCAAGUGUCCUGGAGCGAGUUCACAGCCAAGCUGGCCUCCGCCAGCGACCUGGACGCCAUCCACCGCAUGCACGCAGACUACCUCAACAGAGCCAUCUUCAGGGGUUUGCUGACGGAGAAGGCGGCUCCGGUCAUGAACAUCAUCCACAGCAUCUUCAGCCUCAUCCUCAAGUUUCGGGCCCAGCUGAUCGCACAGCCCUGGGGCAGCCAGCAGGGGGAGGCAGUGCACCCCAGCUUCAUCGCCAUGCAGCAGUCGUACAACACCUUCAAGUAUUACUCGCACUUCCUUUUCAAAGUGGUGACCAAGCUGGUGAACAGAGGCUACCAGCCUCAUCUAGAGGAUUUCCUUCUUCGCAUCAACUUCAACAACUACUACAAAGACUCCUGAGGUACUUAACAUGAUACAUGUUAGAUACCGAGCCAAUGCAGCAUUGUGUACCACGAGUGUUUACAUUUUUAAAGUCCCCGAUAUGUGUUUACAAGACAGAUAAUAAAUUCAGUUCAUCUGGCCAAAUACACAUCUUCAAUCCCACCUGUUCCUUACAUUAGGGCAUGCAUUCAACAUUUAAACCAGUUUAGGUAAUCAAUGUGCAGGAUUUGACCUCCAUGUCUGUGUGCUUGAUUAAUGGCUUCACUUCUAAA